AUGCCAGUUGCAACAGAUAAAUACAAUUUAAGACCAUUUGUUGAAGCACCAUUAUCUUCAUCAUCCACAAAACCAUUAGAAUUGGAAGCUAUUGAUUUAUCUCUUUAUAAAGAAGGACCAGAGAAUUUACCAAUUCGUAAACAAUUAGCUUCUCAAAUUGAAAAAUCUUUAUCUACUUAUGGAUUUAUCACCGUUAUUAAUCAUGGAUUCCCCGAAUCAAAAUUAGAAUUUCUUAAAUCCUUAGCACAAGGAAUCUUGGAAAUUCCAUUAGAGGAACAAAAGAAAUAUCUUGCUGGUGCUUUGAAAUCGGAUCUUGAAGAUAGAACUAUAUCAGUUGGUGCUGAAAGAGGAAGUGGAUUUAAACCAAAGGGAUAUUGGUCAAUGAGAAAUGGUGUUGAAGAUUCAAUUAUUCAUUAUAAUUUUAAUAAUAUGCAGCAUCAAUUGUUUUUUGAUACUGAAAAGAAUAAUUAUCCAGAUAUCGUUAAAGAUCAUUUAAAUGAAGUUGCUGAAUACUAUAGAUUUUUACAUACUGAGGUGUUGAGAAAAUUGGCUAAUUUAUCUGAUCUUGUUUUAGAACUUCCAGAAGGAUUCCUUUAUGAGAACUAUUUUAAAGUUAUUGAAAGAGAUAUCCCUGCCUCAGGUGGAGGUGCUGGUAGAUUUAUGUUAUAUGAAGGUAUGGAUCCUGAUGAUUCUGAAAAAGUUGAAAAUACCUGGCUUAGAGGUCAUUCCGAUAGUGGUGGAUUCACAUUUAUAACAUCACAACCUAUUCUUUCUUUACAGAUUAGAGAUUAUUAUACUGGAGAAUGGAGUUAUGUUGGACAUACUCCUAAUGGGUUGAUUGUCAAUAUUGGUGAUGCUAUGGAAUUUAUCACUGGUGGAUUUUUCAAGUCUUCUAUUCAUAGAGUAGUUGGUCCACCAGAGGAUCAAAAGGAAUAUCGAAGAUUAGUGUUGAUUUAUUUCAGUAAACCUAAUGAAUCCGCAAUCUUGGACCCUGAACCGUUGAAUUCUCCUAAAUUAAAACGUUUGGGGAUUGAGAAACCCGAAGAAUGGGAGAAGAUUGAUUUCCGUGCUUGGAAUGAUGAAAAAUCAAGAUUGUUUGGUAAGAAAAAGGUUAAUGAUACUCAAUCUGAAGAACCUAAGUUGGUUUUGGUCUAUGGCAGGUUACAUGAAAGAUGGCAUCAAGCAGAAGCUGAUUUUAGUUUAGAAGAGGCUGAAAAGAAAUUCCAAAUCAUUAAAUUAGAUUCUGCGUAG